UACUCGACUCUACGAGUAUUUUGGUUUUACAAAACAAUGCUAUCAUCCUCCCUCCGUCGUGCCGUGCGCACGACGACUUCGUCCUCUUCAUCAACGAUCGUACCAUUCCCGAAUUUCCUCAUUCCAACAACAACAACGGCUAUUAGCAACACGGCUGGUGCUGCUGGAUUUGGUCGACGAGGAGGAGCUUCCCAGCGUCGGUAUUCGUCUUCUUCGAAACCGCCUGUGCCGCCGAAUGAUGGUUCGAGACCGAUUGAGUCGUCGCAGACACCUGCUAAUCCGUCUGCGGCGCGGAAGGUGAAGGAUGCUGAAGGACGGAAAGAUGCUGGUGGUGGAAGUGGUGCGAUUGGCGUCGUCAAGUCGAGACAGGGUUCUUCGGCUGCAUUAUUGAAUUUACCUAGUGUGCCUUCGACGCAGCAUACGCCGUUGGAAGAUAUCCAGCUUGCUUCAUUCUUCUCCGUCCAUCGCCCCAUAUCAGUCAGCACAUCUAUCCCUCCUCCAACCAACGAAGCAGCAUUUAACGCCAUCUUCGACCUCAAACAAUCCUCUAGACGUUCCAAUCGUACCGCCGACGUCAUCAACACCCUAACAUCAGCCGUUGCAUCAAUGGAGGGCGCAAUGCAGGGUCGGUCUGCCACCAAUGCCGAGCAACCACCACGAAUCAUCCAUCUAGAUGAUGUCGCCCUCUCAGAGGAAGAUUUACAUUCUUCCAUCGCCGAGUUUGCAAGUCGAUUGACCCCCUUUCAACCUCCCCCCGCACCUGUACCGCAGGAAGAAUCUGCUGCCACGCAAGAAACCGAAGGAUCCGCCGAUGCGAAUAUACGAACAUACUCGACCCUCCUCACAAUCCGCGAAACGUCCUACGCAGACGGUCAACGAACAUUCGAGACUUCCCUUGCGCCUUUGGUACCUACCCAGGACACCGCCUUCAUUGACGAACCCGUCCCUGAUGCGGGAAAGACAUAUAUCGAGCGCACAGUAAAUCGAACUAUGUACACAAUCUCGGUUCGAAGACAGCGAAAACUGAAAAUGAAGAAACACAAGUUCAAGAAGUUGCUCAGAAAGACGAGGACGUUGAGGAGGAAGCUUGAUAAGGCUUGAUCCCUUCCCUUCCUCCUUACGGUCGUUUUUCGGGCUAUGCGGAUUGCAUGAGCUUGGGAGCAUGAGGCAUUACAAUACAUAGUUAAAUCUCCAUAUAUUCAUAUUCACAGGCGUUUCGUUUCGUUUCGUUUCGUUUCGUUUAUUACCAAACAUAACGUUUGAUUUAUUUCUUUCUGUCGAAGUACAUAUCUGCUACUGUCUGAUGUGUUUCGAAUAGAGUAUACCUAUAUAACCAAUACCAUCCAUGUUGUCUCUC